UAUUUAUGUUAAGAGUGGUUUCUUUUCCUGACAUUUUUACCCAUGAUUUCUAAAUUGGAUAACUUUUCUGGUUUUUUUUUCCCAUUAAUAUAAUAGGGUUUGGAUUAUCAAAAUUUGUGAAGUCGGGUAAUGGCUUCAACAUUUCAUCCUCCACCUGCAUUUGCUGGAAGUUUCGCUACUAAAGCUUCAGCUUCAGACCUCCUCCGUAGCUCAAGAAGUGGUGUUUGUGGUGUGCCAUUGAAAGCCCUGGGAAGGGCUAGAUUGGGCUCCAAGAAGCGAGAGUUUGCAGUUUCUGCAAAGCUUAGGAAAGGUAGAAAGCACAAUAAUCCAUGGGCACAGGAUCUUGAUCCAAAUGUUAAGGGAGGGGUACUUCGUCAUGUGUCUUCUUUUAAGCCUUUGAAAGAGAAGCCAAAGCCUGUCAUAUUGGACUUUGAGAAACCUCUUAUUGGUCUACAGAAGAAGAUUAUUGAUGUUCAAAAAAUGGCAAACGAAACUGGGCUUGACUUCAGUGAUCAAAUUAUUUCUCUGGAAAACAAGUAUCAGCAGGCUCUUAAGGAUCUUUACAAGCAUCUCACACCUAUACAACGGGUCAAUAUUGCAAGGCAUCCUAACAGGCCAACUUUUCUUGAUCAUGUGUUCAAUAUCACUGAUGUGUUUGUGGAGCUCCAUGGUGAUCGAGCUGGAUAUGAUGACCCAGCUAUUGUUACUGGUCUUGGCAAGAUCAGUGGCCAAAGUUUUAUGUUCAUAGGUCAUCAAAAGGGCCGAAACACAAAGGAGAACAUACAGCGGAACUUUGGGAUGCCAACACCUCAUGGUUAUCGGAAGGCUCUACGGAUGAUGUACUAUGCAGAUCAUCAUGGAUUUCCCAUUGUUACUUUUAUUGACACUCCAGGGGCAUAUGCAGACCUCAAGUCAGAGGAACUUGGCCAAGGGGAAGCAAUAGCUCAUAACCUGAGGUCAAUGUUUGGUUUGAAAGUGCCAGUUAUCUGUAUUGUUAUAGGAGAAGGUGGAUCUGGAGGUGCUCUGGCUAUUGGCUGUGGCAAUAAAUUGUUAAUGCUUGAAAAUUCAGUCUUCUAUGUUGCCAGUCCUGAAGCAUGUGCAGCUAUUUUGUGGAAGACUUCAAAGGCUUCUCCAAAGGCUGCUGAGAGGCUUAGAAUUACUGCUCGAGAGCUGUGCAAGCUGCAAGUAGCUGAUGGUGUUAUCCCUGAGCCACUUGGAGGUGCACACUCUGAUCCAUAUUGGACAUCCCAGCAGAUUAAAACUGCAAUUCUUGAAUCAAUGGAUGAACUUGGAAAAAUGAAUACAGAAGAGUUGUUAAAGAACCGGAUGCUUAAGUUCAGGAAAAUGGGAACUAUUAAUGCCUUCCAGGAGGGAACUCCUGUAGAACCAAAGAGGACAGCCAACAUGAAAAAGAAAGAUGUGCCCGUUGUAGUGCCUGAGAAGACUCCAGUGGUUGAGUUGAGGGACAAGGCGCCUGAGAAGACUCCAGUGGUUGAGUUGAGGGAUGAGGUUGAGAAACUGAAAGAACAGAUACUGAAAGCAAGUGAAUCAUCGUCAAAGAUUCCAGAGUCUGGUCCGAAAGAGAUGAUAGAAAAACUAAAAAGAGAGCUCGACCGCGAAUAUACAGAGGCUGCCAAAUCCUUGGGUUUUUAUGAAAAAAUUGUAACACUAAGAAAAGAAUUUGCUAAGGUGAAGAACUCAAAUGACCAGUCCAAUCAACGUGCCUUCAUGGAAAAGCUUGACAUGCUGAAUGAUGAGUUCAACCAAAAGCUUUCUGCUGCUCCUAAUUUUGAGGACAUAAAAUAUAAGCGUGAUAUGAUAAAAGAAAUUUCUGAAGCCCACAAUCUCCUAGCAAAGAGUAACAAACAAGCUGAUUUGAAGCAGGAGAUUGAUAAGAAAUACGAAGAAAUUGUUAGUCGUGCUGAUUUGAAGAAGAAGAUUGAAGCUUUAAAGGCUGAUAUCAAGAGAAGUGGGGUGUCAACACUAGCAGAGUUAGACCAAGGUUUGAAGGAUAAACUUGCUCAAUUGAAAAGUGAGAUAAAAUCUGAAUUUGCAGCUGCUCUUGAACCCUCAGGUUUGCAUGUCGUUUCACCUUCUUUCCUAGAUGCCAAGGUAAAAAUAGACAGCUUUAACAGUGAAAUUGGUCAUGUUAUGGAAGAUGUUGUGAAUUCGACUGAUUUGAAAAACAAGAUUGAGUUGUUGAAAACUGAGGUAGCUAAGGCAGGUAAGACACCGGAUGAAGAGUUAAAAGCCAAGAUUCUGGCUCUGAAGCAGGAAAUAAAGCAGUGCAUGGCAGAUGCUAUAAGUUUCUGUGAAUUAAAAGAGAAGCAUGAGAAGCUGAGAUCCGAGGUUUCAGAAUCCAUAAAAAUGUCUGGAGGUUCAGAUGGGAAUUCGCUUAAAGGGAAUGCUGAAUAUGAUAAAUUGAUGCCAGACGGUUCAAAUAUUGAAGUUAAUUUUGAACCAAACCGUAGCUUUGCCUGAUAUCUCACUCAGUCACUUGGCACCAGUUGCGACCCGAUCAGUUGCUGUUGUGUUGUGUGAAGACAACCAACUUGAAGGAUGAAUCUGCUGAAACUACAUCAGCAUGCAAAAGAUCGGUACUCCUUUUCAAACUGCGGUUCCUUGUCAACUUCUACUGUUGUCUUCUUAGGGUGUGUUUGGUAACCCGUAAAAUGUUUUUCGAGUUUUCGGUGUUUGGCAACGUCCGGAAAAUGUGGUCAACGGAAAAUGUUUUCCAUUGACCAAGGAAAAUCAGUUCAUUUUUUUGGAAAAUGACUUACGGAACUUUUUUCCGUAAGUUAUUUUCCGGAAUUGCCAAAAUGGCCGUUUCGCAUGUUCUCGACUAAAAUCAAGCUAUAUCACCCAUGACCAUGGACCAAUGAGGUGGGGAAA